AUGCACUCUCAGGCUGACAACUCACAGCCCAUCAUCAGACUCGGAUUCCCUGAUUAUGUCGCUCCCUUGAACCAGGAUCACCGUGACGGUCACCCCGGGCUAGCUAGUAGCUCUGAUGACCUAUUUCCAGUGCCCUUUCCCAACAUUCUCGAUGCGUAUGCGGAUCAUCGCGAUCGUGAUAGUCAACCGCCAGUGUCAUCUUCCAGUGGCCUGUUUUCAGAUAUAACUGCUGCUGAUGUCCAGCAGUCAGCGCCAGUUUUCAGUCACCCGCUUGCAGACAACUUCCUUCACUUGGGUGCUGACGAUGAUCGUCGUACUCCCAUUUUGACUGGUGUUGGCGGGCCUUCGUCAGCGCCAUUUUCCAACGACAACUUCUUUUACACGGCGGCCUUCGAUCAACAGGCGGGUCAUGGUGAUGCCGACUACACUGGCAGCGGCUCACGGGCCCAGCCUUUCUAUCUUCCUAGUGAUCAACCAAGCGUGAUCAUGCCUCACACGGCCUUUGAGUUAUCGCACCAUCGUCCACCGCCUCUAGCUCAUUUUCACAGACUUUCUGCGCCUAUCCUGUCCACCGAUGGAUAUUCUACGUUGCCUUCUGGCUCAUAUGAUGUACAGUCCCUUGGAGAGCCGUUGUUAUUCACGGACCCGUCAUGGUCGCUUCCACCUCUCAACCAGCCUCCGCCUUUCAACCAACCACCGCCUCUCAACCAGCCUCCACCUCUCAACCAGCCUCCGCCUUUCAACCAACCACCGCCUCUCAACCAGCCUCCACCUCUCAACCAGCCUCCACCUCUCAACCAGCCUCCGCCUCUCAACCAGCCUCCGCCUCUCAACCAGCCUCCACCGGCUCGUCGCCUUGGAAAACCACGUGAGGCAAAAUUCGUUCCAUACCAGCUGCGGCCAAAACUCAAAGGUCAGGCGAUAGCUGAGGGUAUUACUUAUACUAAGCUGUCCAUGGCGCCCUCUCAGCACCCCGUCACCGAGUCCGGCCAAUCCGCAUCUGGGGUAUCUAGCCCAGGACCGUGGUCAUAUGACGAAGAACAUCCGAUUCAUAAGAAAAUUGUAAAGCUCGCCAACGAAACGGUCAUUAGAUCCGCACUCAACACAUGUUCGUUGUUGGAAGAGUCGGAAAGAAGAAAGGAACUUCAAGAUGCAUUAUCGGCAGCCGCGGCUCGCUACUCAGACGAAGCGUCAGGGAUUACGUGGGCAGCGCUAAACAAGGGGACGCUGUACAAGGCAUUCCCGCCGCCGUCCGGAAAGAUCGCGGCCACGUGUAAGAGGAUCGCCCGUACCAAGGUUCAAAGCGGGUAUGAUCUACGACCUCCGAUUUGGUCGGAUGACCUCGAACCUGAACACCAGAGGAGGAUGGCGAGAGACCUCAUCAGCCAGGAUCCGUUUCCUCCGAAAUGUAUUUUCGGGAAGGAUGAAAGGCUCAAAUUGUGGUUUGCGUUCGAAAACAAGGUAGUUCUGGAUGUCGUUCUGGACGCGAUGCUGGAACUCGGCUGGCUGGCAUACCUCGAAGACCUAGAUAACUUGUUCUGCACGGCUGCCUGCGCUGUUUACUGCGCCUUGCAGGAGCGAUCGAACGGGAGAUUAGAUCACAUUGAAUUUUCGGCUUCUGGUUUUAAAUCUAUGCACGACAAGCUGAGGCAGUACAUCAAAGAGCACAUCCUCUCCAACGCAGAGUUGUCGACGAGGUGGGCGACAUUUAAGAAACGCACCUUUGAUAGAUUAACUAGCAUCUACUUAGCAUCUCAUCGCUGA